AUGUGCCGGACCCGACAUUACGUUGUUGCGAGCCAACGCCUUUGCAAUGUCUACAAGGGGCUUAGCCACUCCGAAUCACAGGUUGGAAAAGGCGCAGCCUUGCCUGCUAACAGCGUUGAUACAGAGGCCUCACAGGACCGAAGCCGAAGCCAUCAGCGCAGUAUUCGGCAAUCCUCUACGAGUCGCAGUCGAUCACGAAGUGCCCUUUCCUCCAGACUGUCGUUUUUCUCAAGACGGAAGUUGCCUUUCUCACUGGACGCUUACACCACCGCCUUGCCUUUAUGCCACUACCAAUUACUUGCCAAUGCCAUUGGGAGUGUUGAUUCAACUCGUUCCUCCUUAGCUUUCAACGGCCUAUCCCCGGAUCGAGCUUAUACUUACCUUGAUGCCGAUAAGCUAUGCAAGCUUAUCCUGACUUCCUCAACUAACUCGUAUUAUCAGUCUCGAAACUGA